GGUGAUUGUCGGGUCUCCACGGGCCCGGGUCGCUGGGGCGGAUCAGGCCUCCGCGCCUCCCCCGGGCGCCCCGCAAGGCCGCAGGCAAGAUGAACAUUCUGGCGCCGGUGCGGAGGGACCGCGUCCUGGCGGAGCUGCCGCAGUACCUGAGGAAGGAGGCAGCUUUGCACGUGCGCAAAGACUUCCACCCCCGGGUCACCUGCGCCUGCCAGGAGCACCGGACCGGCACCGUGGGCAGAUUUAAGAUCUCCAAGGUCAUUGUGGUGGGGGACCUGUCAGUGGGGAAGACUUGUCUCAUUAAUAGGUUCUGCAAAGAUACCUUUGAUAAGAAUUACAAGGCCACCAUUGGAGUAGACUUUGAGAUGGAACGAUUUGAGGUGUUGGGAGUCCCCUUCAGUCUGCAGCUCUGGGAUACUGCUGGACAGGAGAGAUUCAAAUGCAUUGCAUCAACCUACUACCGAGGAGCUCAAGCCAUCAUCAUUGUCUUCAAUCUGAAUGAUGUGGCCUCUCUGGAACAUACCAAGCAGUGGCUAGCUGAUGCACUCAAGGAGAAUGACCCUUCCAGUGCGCUCCUCUUCCUUGUGGGUUCCAAGAAGGACCUGAGUACUCCUGCUCAGUAUGUGUUAAUGGAGAGAGAUGCACUCAAGGUGGCCCAAGAGAUGAAGGCUGAGUACUGGGCAGUCUCAUCUCUCACUGGUGAAAAUGUCCGGGAAUUCUUUUUCCGUGUGGCAGCACUGACCUUUGAGACCAACAUGCUGGCUGAGCUGGAGAAAUCGGGGGCCCGGCGCAUUGGGGAUGUUGUCCGCAUCAACAGUGAUGAUAACAACCUCUACCUAACUGCCAGCAAGAAGAAGCCCACAUGUUGCAUUUGAGGGAUGAGGGACUGCCCAGCCCUGGGACACUGUAUGUGUACGACCUUGACUCCCCCAGUGCUCUACCCCUGGACAUCUGUACUGACUGUUAUUACAGACCAAAGAGCUGCCCUUUGGUGGCAAUACCCCCAGAAGCAUAGUUGGGACCGUGUUAGUCACUUCCUGACCCUGGGCACCAUACCAAAGACUGGAUGCCCCUUUGCUCCAGGGACUCUCCAGGGUGCCCAGUGGUGGGGAGGUGGUCCCUGCUGCUUUUGCUCAACAUGCUGGGCCUUUUGGGUAUGAGGAUGCUUAAUGACCCCAGCCUCACACUGUGCCUUAUGCAUUAAAAUCUGUUACUAGCAGUCUGGGGGUUGGAGUUCUUUAUUGGAGAUAAGGGCAGGGCUCUAUGGCGAUCUUGGAAUUGGAGCCUCCAGCUGGGAUGCUGGCCAGCCCUGGCCCCUGAGCAGGCCUCAGUCAGGCUGGGAGCUCAGGGACAAGGUUUGGGGGCUGCACUCUCACUGGGUGAGUUCUAAAUUGUUGGCUUUGAGAGCCCUUUCCUUUGGUCUCUUCUCCCCAAAUGUACCCUCCUACAUGGUGCUUAUACCCAAAUUUCCACCAUUGGUCUUCUUUC